AUGUUGCCCAAAAUUGCAAUUCUCUCAGCAUUAGCUCUUGUUCUGAUCAUACAAGGUAAGCAAAACACUUUACAAAUGCAUACUUUAAGGAAUAUUAGUGUUAGCGUUUCGUUAAAUUCUUCUAAUGCUAGAUGGAAAAGUUAAUCGUGCCUUAACAUUCUGGGAUGAUGAUUAUGUCUGAGUACAUUGCCAUAGGAGUUUGGUGUAUGUCAGUACCCAGGUUCUUGAUAUCUGGUAACAGCAGACACCUGGCAUUUUAUAAAUGUUGCUGUUUUUAAUUUUCCAGAGGCUUCUCUUGCGCCUGUGACCCAGGAACCAACCACAGGACCAAGCGAGGGGGCAACGCUUAAGUCAAGCAAAGAACCAGGUGGUGAAGAAAGCACAGAAGAGCCGACUGAUGAAACAAGCUUAGGGCCAAGCGCAGGGCCAAGUGAGGAGCCCAGCACACAGCCAGCCGAAGAGUCGAGUGGCGAAGCAAGCGGAGAAGCGAGCGGAGAAGCGAGCGGAGAAGCAAGCGGGGAAGGAAGUGGGGAAGGAAGUGGGGAAGGAAGCGGAGAAGGAGGUUCACAUCUUAUUCAACUAGGCACAGAGGCAAGCAAAGAGCCAACCAAGGAGCCAAGUACAGAGCCAACUUCAGAGGCCGCCCCAGAGAUCAGCGUAGAAUCAGGAGAUUUUUCACUUAUCCUGCCAACUGAAGAAACCCAUGGAGAUGCAAGCAAAGAGCCAAGCACAGAGCCAAAACCAACUGCAGCGUAA